AUGGAUAUCACAGAUAUUUGUGUAUUCAAAAGUGAAAAAGACAUUAUUGAUUGUUUAAAACAAAGGUUUAAAACCAACAAUAUUUAUACAUUCGUGGCGAAAGUUAUAAUUGCUAUAAAUCCGUUUAAGAGGAUUAGUGGUCUAUAUACAGAAGAUAAAAAUUUUUUGUACAAAAAAGAUUUAAAUGAUGAGUUGCCGCCGCACUUGUAUGCCAUUGAUCAACUUGAACUCCGACUUAGCACUGGCUUCAGUUCAAUUCUCAUAUCUAUUGCUCGAAAGCAACCGAAUAUAUGUGGUGAUCUCAAACUUGAUUACGCUACUAAUUAUGUGUACUUGUCAGAUUGUCGGGGACAAAACAACUCAAAUGGUUCGAUAAAACUCCUUACUGUUGAUAGGGCAUUGGCCAGUUUUGGAAUAUCCCGUGAAAAAAGAACUCAAAUUUAUCAAAUACUGGGUGCAAUUUUACAUCUGGGCAACGUUGUUAUAACGCAAUUAGAAUCGGAAAAGUGUACAAUAUCUGAAUCAUCGAUACCUCAUUUAGAGCAGAGUGCUCACCUUUUGAAUACUGAUCAGCGAUUACUCAAAGGAGCAUUAUUAACGCGGGUUAUCGAAUUAAACGGUUCCGAUCCAAUCAUUAUGGAUUUAUCUUUAUCAAAAGCGAACAAAGCGAAGAACAGUUUGGUGAAAAUUUUAUACGAACAUGUAUUUCAAGAGGUGAUGUUUCUGGUCAACAAAACUUUAUCUAGUGAUACACAAUCAUACACUAAAAUGCAAAUAAACAUGUUGGAUAUAGCAGGAUUUGAAUCAUUCGAAAAAAACUAUUUCGAACAAAUGUGCAUUAAUUACGUAAACGAAAGAGUGCAACAGAUGUUUGUGAAAUUGAUGAUUAAAGACGAAGAAGAAUGGUACGCCAAAGAGUGUUUGGAGCUGCCAAAGAUUCCAUUUCUAGACAACAGCAUUAUUUUGGACGUGUUCGAUCAUAAAUAUAACGGGAUUUUUAAAAUUUUGGAUGAUACGAUGAAAAUUCAAUGCCAAAGUUCGGAAGUGCUCCUUCAAAAUAUUUUGCUGAAUCAUCCACAGUUGCUUAAACAAAAAGGUUGUCAACGUAACGAAUUCAUUGUACAACACUUUGCUGGAGACGUAGUUUAUAAUGUUUCCAAUUUCUUAGAAAAGAAUGAAGACAUCGUGCCAAAGGCUAUAAAGGAUAUAUGUAGUGGAAUAUACUACAGAAAUCAAGACGUAAACAGCGAUAGAAAUAUCCCACAAAUGAACUCACAUACUAAAUCAUCUACAUUAGUCUUAAAAAUGGGAACGAAUGAACUUAUCAACAAACUCAUCAAAACUGAGUGCUCAUUUAUUAGGUGUAUUAAACCAAACACAAAACAAUUAAAUGAUACAUUUGAUGAAGAUUAUGUACUAUCCCAAUUAGUUUCAUCGUGUUGUAAUUGUACAAUAACAAUUCCAUGUACUUAUCAAGAAAACAUUUCAACUGAAGAACGAUUAAGAAUUUUGCUUCGCCAGGAAAGAGAAAUGAAUAAACAGUUAAAUGAUGAUUAUCGUAAGCUCCAAAAAAGGCAACUGGAACUUAUUGCAACUAUAAGUAGCGAACGGCUCGAAAAAGAACGUAUCAUCGAAGAAAAUAAAAAACUUAAGGAGGCAUUAGAAACAACACGAGUUAAUAUUUCAUCAGAUCACAAUUAUUUUUAG